AUGCCGCGUGAAGAACUCCUCUCCUUGCUGGUCUCGUGUGCGGCGCGACCACAUAGCCAUUGCCUAUACCGCCUGCGAGGAGUCGGCCGCGUUGGCAUUCAACUCCGCUAUGCGUCAUCCUCGACCUCGACCUCGACUCCCAAACCCAACCCAGCAGCCGCCCCAGCUCCCUCCCUGCAACAAAUCCCUCUACACGUAGGACUCGACCGGAACCCGGAGCACAAGUCCGCGAUCUCGAAGAUCCCUAUCCCCAAAGGCGAGCGCGGCGAGAAAUUCACGCCCUCGGUGCUGGCCUUCCCGCUUGGCCUCCUCUACCCUCCGCAGCCCGGGCAGAACUCACCUCUGGACCGGCGGAGCCUGAAGGAGAAGAAGGAAGACUUCACCAACCGCGACAAGGUACUGGAGCGACGACGGAUCUACCUGCGGUCGUACUUCCGGCCGUACUUCCAGGAAUGGCGGCGCGUCGACCACCACAAGGGCAAGAGCUUCCAGUCCAACGACCGGCUGUUCAAGCGGGAGAAGGCGCUCUACUUCCCCAACAUCUGGGGCCAGACGCUGGCGGAGGAAGGCGACGGGCCCGACGGAGGGCGGGACAUGACGCCGGCGAUUACGGGCAAGGUCUCGAUCAUCACGUUCCAGUCCGGCCAGUGGGCGGAAGAGCAGGUCAACACGUUUGUGGGACGGAAGGAAAACCCGGCGUUGGAGACCAUCAUCGCGCAGACCAACGGCCUGGCACAGCGCAUCGACGUCAACAUCCAGGGCGACUUCAUGCGCGCCUGGUUGGUCAAGCUGUUCAGUGGACGACUACGCACGAUGAUCCCCAAGGAGCGCUGGAACAAGUAUUUCAUGGUCAAGCUGCCGCGCGACAUCCGCCGCGGUCUGACCGACGACGUGCGCGACGCCAUGGGCCUGCUCAAUUCUCAAGUCGGCUAUGUCUAUCUGGUCGACUCGAGCUGUAAGAUACGCUGGGCCGGCAGCGGCCAUGCCUGGGCCGGCGAGGUCGACGGUCUCAAUGCUGCCGUCCAGCGCCUCGUCAAGGAGGAACUGAAGCUGCGAUCGUCGCCCGGCCUGGCCAAAUAG